AUGAAUCGAGGACAUAAUCCAAGUGUUCAUCCAGCUGUUGUCAAACAACAAUAUGAUCCACAUAAUGUAUGGGAUUUUGAAAAUCAAUGGCGUACAGAAUUAUUUUCUUGUAAACCAACGGGUCAAUGCUGUUUUGCUUGUUUCUGUUGCUGUUGUAUGGGAUGCAAAUUGGCUAAACAUUUAGGAGAAUCAGCAAUUCUUGGUUGUUGUCCAUGUUCAUUACCAUAUUUUCGUACCAAACUGCGAACAGCAAGACGUAUUGAAGGUGGCUGUUGUGGUGAUUUUUGUGCAUCAAAUUGUUGCCCAGCAUGUACAGCUAAUCAAAUGGCAAAUGAACUUGAAUCGCAAGGAUUAUGGGAUCCACCAAAAACAAGAAAAACUCAUCCUCGAAAUGAUCGUUCAAACCGUCGUAAUAGUGGCGAUUAUUAA